AUGCCUAAAUCAAAAAGAUCGAGAUUGGUAACACUUUCGCAAACCGAUAAAAAGGGUAAAGAGUCCAAAACAAAGCUUUUCGACGAUAUCCGUUCAGCUCUUGACACAUUCAAUUACUUAUGGAUAUUGGAAUUCAACCAUAUCCGUACCCCAGUGUUGCAAGACAUUCGUUCUGAUUGGGGAUCAGAGUCCAAACUUAUUUGUGGAAAGCGUAAAGUUAUUCAAAAGGCGCUCGGUGAGACGCCUGAAGAAGAAUAUCAAGAAAAUCUUCAUCAUGUCACCAAGAUCCUUUCCAAAUCCGGUGGACUUACACCAGGUCUUUUGUUCACUAAUGAAACACCACAGACUGUGCGUGACUAUUUCGAGGCUUACAACCGUAAGGAUUAUUCUCGUGUCAAGACCAAAGCACCAAUUAAGUUUGUUAUUCCUCAAGGUGUAGUGUAUUCACGUGGUGGCCAAAUUCCUGAAGAAGAAGAUGUGGUGAUGUCACAUUCGAUGGAAGAGACAUUGAGAAACAAAUACAAGAUUCCUACAAAAAUCAAGUCGGGGAAAAUUUGGCUCGAGGAGCCAUACUUGGUAUGUGAGGAAGGUGAUGUGUUGGAUGUGAGACAAGCAUUGAUUUUGAAACAGUUUGGUGUCGCAUUGAGUGAGUUCAAGGUGCCUCUUAUUGCAGUCUAUGAUAAAGUUGAAGCCAAGGCUGAGAAGAUCGCUUAA